AUGGGGUUCUUCACUCUCGCCAUAGGAGGCCUUGGUUUCAUCUUCAUCGGCGCAUGGCAAGCCUUCACCUUCUCUACCCCAAAACCAAAUCAAAUCUCUCUUCCAUCUUCUCCUCUCACACACUCAUCUUCCAAGCCAAGCCCAUCUCCUUCUUCUUCUUCUUCGUCGUCUUUAUCUUUCCUCUGCAUCUCAGUCUUCUCCUUCCUCUUCAUCCUCAACUCGCUCUUCUCCUUCGUCGACGCCCUCAAGUCACGCGACCGAGUCGGCACAGCCCUCCAAUUGCAGGUCCUCGCCAUCGCCGCCCUCUUCUUGCUAUACGGCGUCGCCGGACUCCUCGUAAAUUCCGCCAAUUCCUUCUCUUUGCCUUCUUCGCUUCUCGAUUCGAUCCUUCUCUUCGCUUUCAUCGAAGAGUUUCUGCUGUAUUACCUCCAAAGAAAGGACCAAAGCGGAAUCGAGAAUCAGUACUUCGAUCUCUUGCUCGUCCCCAUUGCUGUUUGCGUGAUUUCCACGAUUCUCGACCUGAAAUCCCCCCAGAAUUCGAACUUUCCCAAAUUCUUUCGCGGCGUGGGGCUGAUUCUCCAUGGAAUGUGGUUCGUUCAAAUGGGGCUCUCGUUUUACACGAACUUGAUCUCCCAUGGGUGUUCUUUGCACGAGAAGAGUAGAGGCAAUUACUCGGUGAAGUGUAAGGGACAUCCUGAGUAUCACAGGGCUAGGUCAAUUGCGACGCUUCAGUUCAAUUGUCAUCUUGCUCUUUUCGUGGUUUUGGUGUCGUUUAUGUACUCUUUAAUCUCCCGGAGAUAUGGAAGCAAUGGUGAGUUUAUGCCGUAUCGGCCGCUCGUCGAGGAAAUGCAGCCAUUCGAGAAUCAGAAUCAAUUCACUUUGGAUUCUGAUGAAGAUGAUGUUGGUGAGGAAGGAAUUAGGGAAGAGCAAAAUGUGGUUUCAAAGCAAAAGGCAAGUAUCGUGGAACAUGGUUUGAAUGGUCAUGCAUCUCAUCAGUGA